GCUCGCUUUGUACCCUGCUCCCAACUGCGCAAUACAGUGGACCCCCUUUAUUCGCGGGCAUGGGGGGGGCGGGCCACCCACGAGUUGCCAAAAUCUGCGCGGAAACGUGAUGCAUUGAAGGUGGUGGGGGAGGGGGGGGGUCAGAAACACUUUUAAAAUGACAACAAGCGUGUUCCACGAGAAGGAAAAAAAACGGGGAAUAUGGAAAUCCCGGUUUGGCAAAGGAUUUCUCUUAAAUUUGUUUUGUUUCAACAAGUGAUCAAAAACUAAGUGUACUUUUUUUUAGCAUUGCUUAAAUAUAACUUUUGUCAGUGUUUUAAAAUACGAGCGUCUCUACUUGGACUCUGCUUAAGUGUACAACUUUUUCAGUCGCUCAACGGCAGCUCCGCGCUUGAGGUCCGUAAACGCACCACGCCGCCUCGAGGACUGCACAUCUUGUUUCGAGUGAGAGCGGUGGAAAGUAGUCAAGAAUUUCGCGACUCGGAUCAAUUUUUCGACUACUUGAAAGCUACCCCCCCUCCCAAAACGAUCAAAGCGGUUGUUUUAUAUCAUUGGCAGUGGAAAUGUUGAUUUACUCAAUUGAAUCGUGAAACGCGGCCGAGUGGCGUGUUCACCUAACUCACGCAGAGGUCAGUGAACGCACCGCGUUCCAGAAUACCACGAGGACAUCGCGUCUCGUAGUCUCGAGUCGAGUCGAGUUGGGUCGAGUGGACUGACAGUGCCGCUGCCGCUGCAGCGGACCACCGCGGAACCGAACAGAACCGAAGCGGAGGCGGCGCGGACACCCCCCCUCGAAAUGCCUUCAACUUGCGCUCGUAGUAAGUCGUAGCGGAGUGCAAAGCGCGAGGAGGAGAACCUCGGGACGUAAACAAGACUCCCGUCGAAGGAGGCGCGAAGGGGGGGUUGGGGAGAGGGGGCCGUCGAGGUGGCCGAGGCUCACGUGGCCGAGCCGGGGGGGAAGCCGAGAGAUGUUUGAAUGAGCUCCGACAACUCGCCGCGAGGACACGACGCGUCGCCCGGCCCGGGGGCGCCGGCGGCGGGCGACGCGAUGGACGGCCAGUCGGCGGCGGAGCGCGGCGAGGACGUCCGCAAGAGCGGCUACCUCCGCAAGCACAAGUCCAUGCACCGGCGCUACUUCGUGCUGCGCUCGGGCACGGAGCGCGGCGCGGCCCGCCUGGAGUACUACGAGAGCGAGAAGAAAUUCCGCGGCAAGGCCCCCGUCCCCAAGAAGGCCGUGCUGCUCGAGACCUGCUUCAACAUCAACAAGCGGGCCGACUCCAAGAACAAGCACAUGAUCGUGCUGUACACGCGCGCCGAGAGCUUCGCCGUCGCCGCCGACAACCAAGUCGACCAGGACGACUGGUACCAGGCCAUGGUGGACCUGCAGUGCAAAAGUAAGAACCCGUCCGACAAGGGAGCCGCCGGCGACUACGGCGUCCCGAACCCCGGGCCGGCCUUCAAAGAGGUGUGGCAGGUGAAAGUCUGGCCCAAAGGUCUGGGGCAGGCCAAAAACCUGGUGGGCAUCUACCGCCUGUGCCUGACCGACAAGACCAUCAACUUUGUCAAGCUCAACUCGGACGCGGCGGCCGUGGUUCUGCAGCUCAUGAACGUCCGGCGCUGCGGCCACUCGGAGAACUUCUUUUUCGUGGAGGUCGGCCGCUCCGCUGUGACGGGCCCGGGCGAGUUCUGGAUGCAGGUGGACGAUUCGGUGGUGGCCCAAAACAUGCACGAAACCUUGCUGGAGGCCAUGAAGGCGCUGAGCGAGGAGUUUCGCCAGCGAAGUAAAUCUCAGUCAAACUGCGGGCCGGGAGGAGGCGCCACCGCCUCCAACCCCAUCAGCGUUCCCACGCGCCGCCACCACUCCAACCCUCCGCCCAGCCAGGUGGGCUUCGCCCGCCGGCCCAGAACCGAGCCUCCCGGGGGAGCUAACGGCGCUGCGGGGGCCAGCGCUUCGCCCACCCCUCGCCACGGCUUCCCGCGCUCUCGCGCCGCCAGUGACGGCGGCAAAAACGAGGAGGGCCCGGCGGGGCUCGCCGGCUCCAGUCCCUCCGCCAACGGUUCUUGCUCCGGCACACCCGUCCUCAGGUCCAAGCCGACUCGGCAGAGUUCCGUCCCGACGGCCAAAACGCCCCUCGGCCUGAUGCGCUCCAUGUCCACGCCGGCGGCCUCCCCCGGCCCAAGCCCGUCCUCCAGCUCCGGCCACGGAUCGGAAUUUGGGAGCGUAGCGUCUUGUCCCGGUCCCGGUCCAGGGGCGGGGACCGCCCCCUACGGUCGUUGCGUCUCCGUCUCUGGCUCACCCAGCGACUACGGCUCCUCGGACGAAUACGGCUCCAGUCCGGGGGAACAGACGCUCCUGGUCUCGCCCGGUAGCGCCGGCGGCCGCUCCCUCGGCGAGGACGGCGGCCAUUACAUUUUAAUGGGUCAGCACGGCGCCGGCCGUCCGAGCGGGGUGACGUCCGGCUCCCUGCCGGCAGCCGUCUGCGGCUCCCAAGCCCAGACCAGGAGAGUCCUCCGGCGUUCCUCCAGCCGGGAAUGCGAAGCGGAACGGAGCCUGCUGAGCAAGCGUGCCUCCUUGCCCCCGAUGGCCUUGGAGAGGCUCCUCCCCUGUCAGCCGCCAGAGGAAGACUCGGCGGACUACGCCGUCAUGUCGAGGAGCGCCAGCCGCGAGUCCUUCUCGUCCGCGUCCUCCGCCACGCAGAGGGAAGCCCCGGCGGGCGCCGGCUCAGCGGAGGGAGGGGGCGCUUACUUCGACCUGGCGGGAGAGUUCAGAGGCCAAGCGGGAUCGUCUGGGGCCGGGGACUUGCCGCUGGAUAACGGCUACAUGUCCAUGUUGCCCGGAGUCACUCGGCCUCCGGCGCCCUCGUCCCCGUCGCCGGCCAUUUCCGUCCCGGACUCGGACCCCAAACCUCCCGACGACUACAUGGCCAUGACGCCCAACAGCAGCGUGUCGCCUCCGCGGCGGAUCCGUCCCGCGCCCCCCUCCGACGGUUACAUGAUCAUGUCUCCCGGUAGCAGCUGCUCGCCCGAUCAACGCGGCGGUCUCGCCUCGGGGGCCUGGGUGGGCGGCGGCGCGGACGGCCGAGCUGGCGGCGACUACAUGAACAUGUCGCCCAUCAGCGCUCGCUCCGUCAACGGCAGCCCCCCUCCUUCGGGACGCGGUCGCUCGGAGAGCGCCGCUCAGCAGCCACUUCCCAAGAUGGUCUACUCUUACUACUCGCUCCCGCGCUCUUACAAACACAACCCCCCCUCCCGACGCUUUGACGACGGAGCCGGGCGUGGCCGAAGGCCGCACGGGACGCCCGGCGGGCAUCCGGAGCGAACGGCCGGCGGUGGCGGCGGCGCUUCCGCGCCGGGGCGGCUCCUCUCGCUUUCCUCUUCCUCGUACUCGUCCAGCUCGGCCAGCAGCGAGAGCCUCGGCGAAAGUGAGGAGCGAGCCCCGAAGGACGCCAGCGAGCUCCAGCGGCGCCGAGGCUCCGGCGGGGCGCCCAAACGCGCCGUCCGCUCUCCGAGCAGACCCGUGAGCUUGUUUGUCGACGUGUCCAAGGCCAACACGCUCCCCAGAGUCCGGGAGAACCCUUUGCCCCCGGAACCCAAGAGCCCCGGCGAGUACGUCAGCAUCCAGUUCGAGGGGGAGGGCGGCGACGCGGCGGGGGCGCGCGGCCGGGGCCUCGGGCAUCCUCCGCGCCGGCCCGCGUCCUGCCUGGGCGCAUUUGCGGCCGGAUCCCGCGGCUGCUCCGGCGCCGCCGCGCCGCCGGCCGCUUCGGAAUAUGUCAACAUGGACCUGGGCCCUUCUCCUUCUCCGUCGCCCUCGCCCUCGCCCAACACCCCGUUGGUUUUCCCUCCUUUCCACAGCCCCCCCACACCUCCAACUUUGCCUCCCGCUUCCCGCGUCGCAGAAAACGGAGCCGGCGGCCCUCGCCAAGAGCCGGCGCUGCGAAAAAUCCGGGAGACGGUCCCUGAGUCGCGCUGCCCCGCGUCAUGUGGCGACUACACGGUGAUGGCCUUCAAGCUGAACGCGGACGCCGGCGCCGGGUCGUCCUCACCCGAGGCUCCUUCCCCGAACAGGACUGAGCUCUCGGCGGCGGUGCGGGGCCUGGACUUCCCCUUAGCCAAGUCGGGGCCCAACCCCGACCACGGAGCCAAAGUGAUCCGCGCCGACCCGCAGGGACGCAGACGACAUUGCUCCGAAAGCUUCCUGGCUUCGUCCUCCCUCUCGGCUACCGCGCCUUCGUCGGCCGCCGCGGAGCAGGCCGGCCCCCACCGGCCGGCCUUUGAAAGCGCGGCCCGGCGAAAUUGCGCCGUCUCCGACGCCCCCGCUCAGUCGGCCCCUCCCGGACAGCGCUCGGCCGCGCCGCCGCCCGCCGCCGAGCAAGGCCUGAACUACAUCGACUUGGACCUGGCCAACAAGGAGAGCCCCCAUUUAGGCCCGGACGCGCCCGCGGGGAGCCAGCCGUCCGGGCGCCUCUUUUCGGCACCGGCAGUGGUCGGCGACGGCGCCGCCGGCGUCAACUCCUACGCCAGCAUCGACUUCUGCAAGUCCGAAGAGCUGCGGACGCAUCCCGACGAGGGGACGGAGUGCUAAUGGCAACGGCGUCCUUGGAGGAGCAAUCCGGGCGCAACAUCUCAAAUCUCCGCUUGCUGCUUUUUCUUUUUUUUUUCUUUUUUUUUUUUUUCUGGCAGUUGCGCAGAGCAACGGGGGAUGUGUGCCAAGUGACGUUCUCCAAAAAAAUAGCUUUCAUUCCGUGACCGGGAGCCGAUCGCAGAAGUGUUAAGAAGAAAAAAGGAAUGUCAGCUCUCGCAAACCGCAGCAAGUCAAAUUGUCAAAAAAGGACAAUUCAAGGAUGGAAAAGAACGCCUCGACAAGUUUGGAACUUCAGGAGAAAAAAAGUGCCUCUUUCAUUAAUGUGCGUGAACCUUUUUUUUUUUUUAAUUGCCUAAAAACGGUGGCGAGCGCUUCAAACGGCAAAAUCAAGCGGGGGCGGCGCCUUCAUAUCUCUCCUCAACUCUUUUCACUCCUCCUAUCUCGCUUUGCUUUGAUUGGUCACGCGAUAAGAGCCGCGCAGCAGGAAUAUUCCCCAAAACCGGACGCGGAAACACGUCGGCCGAAAAGCCGCAGCGUAGCACACAGCUCAGGAUGAUUUGUUGACAGGCCAAAAAUCACCUUUACCUCUCACGCGCAAAUCUCUCAGUUACUCCCCCCCCCCCCGCACCCCCUUUCGGGGGACAGCGGCGGCGGUCGCUACGGUGAAUGGCUUCGCUUGUCAGGGUGCAUGAAAGGGUUAAAUGCCUCUCACGUGCUUCAAAAGACCUCUCACAACCCCCCCCCCC